CAGAAACCUGUUGGACGGCUUCAGGUGACCUCUUUUACCACCCUGGCACUGCGAGAGGAACACGGCAGCAUGGAGCUAACAUCACUGACAGUGUAAGGACUUCUGCUCUCUGAGGUUAGAAGGAUCUCAAGGAACGCUGGGAGUCACCUCGGCAGAGAAUAGAGAGGACGAUGUCUGCAGAAAAAGGCAGGAGCGAGGUCAGGAGCUACAGUGACUGGAUGUCCCGACUCCCACCUGAGCUCCACAACAACCCUCUCUAUGAUCUGACCAUACCAGGAAGCCACGACUCCAUGAGCUAUGACCUGGACCUCAGCUCUCGUAUAAUAGAACCGGAUCGACUGAAGAAACUGAGCAAAAUGUACUGUGUGAGGAAGCUAGUGUGCAAAUGGGGGAGGACUCAGGAGGAGAGCAUCACGAAGCAGCUGGAUGCAGGGGUUCGGUACUUGGACCUAAGGAUCGCUCGUAAGGACAACGACCCCGACCCCAAACGACUGUACUUUUAUCACGGGCUGCUCACCCACACUGAUGUGGAGACUAUCCUCAGGACGAUAAAUGAGUGGGCGGAGAGGCACCCCAGAGAGAUCCUCAUCCUGAGUUUCUCCCAUUUUAAAGGCUUCGUCAGGCGGUAUGAAGAUCAGCUGCACUGCCAUCUCAUCAACUUCAUCAAGACCUUGUUUGGAGCCAAACUCUGCAAAAGGCACCCCUAUCCCACCCUGAGGAGCUGCUGGGACAACGGUACGAACGUCAUCAUCUCAUAUGACUAUCCGGCAAGUAUGCACAAGGAGAUUUGGGGCAAAAUACCGUAUUACUAUGGCGACAGUAUGAGCAUCACAAAAGUUGAGUCCGUACUUCGUCACACUCUGGAAAAGGAAAGGCCCAACAAGUGUCUGUUCGUGUGUGGGCUGAACCUCACUCUGCCAGAGGACAUCAGAAUCAUCAAGUACAUCUUCUUCAGGAUGUGCGACAGCUUCACCAAAGUCAUCGCGUGGAGACUGCCUCGGCUGCUGCGCUGGGUCACACAGCAGGGGGCCAAAACUCCCAUGAACAUCGUGGCCUCGGACGUGGUGACUCUGGACGGCUUUGUCGCCACCGUUGUCCAGCUCAACACUUCGAAAUGUGUGAAAGUAUAGGAGAGUGUGUCUCAUUCUGUGUCUUUUUGAAGGAUAUUUUAAAAAGUGGAUCCGUCCUUAAUCUGUGCUGCAUAGUUGAAUGUUAAUCUAACUUAUGUCUUGAUCAGCACUACAGAAAAAGCUACAUUUUCUGAGUGUAUUACUGUUUAAAUGGCAGGUUGUUUAUAAAACACCGCAGUUGUUUUAAAGAAAUAUAAUAUGGCACACACACAAUUUACAACCGUUAUUUUCUGUGGCAUUUUUGAUUUUUAAUACAUUUGUAUCUAAUGUGCAGAGUCAGAUACAAAAGGAAUCCUUGUCUGAAGUACUGAAUUGUAAAUAAUGAAAACCAUAUAUUAAUUAUCAUGCACUUGUAUUAUGUUAGUGUGUGCAGGAAUCCAGGGAAAUAGCAUGUAUCUGUAUUAUAGUCCUACAUCUGGUGUAAAAGAUGCCAUUUUAAAUGCAUAAUUAAAUGUUUUAAAGACCAGGGGACAAUGCAUUCUGAGUGUCUGAGUGUGUGCUUAUUUCUUAUAGAAACUAAGGUUGAGCUUCCAAAAUUCCAAAA